AUGACACUGGGCAAUCGUUGCUUCCAGAAUGACCUGGAGCCCUCGCGACGGGCAGAUGCUCGUCAAGAAUUGUACGACUGCUUGACACGCAUCAAUGCCUACAACCCACCGGUGCAGACUUGCUCAACGGGAUGGAGCUUUUCGGGACUCUACCAUGGCCCAACGUCUGUCGCAUACCUCUUCCUCCGCCUGUCCCAGCAUUACCCCGACCUCACGUUCAAAGGGCAAUCUCUCCUCGACUGGGCAGAAGCAUACCUUACACUGGGGGCGUCUCAGUCCAAAAGUGUCGAUUCAAGCCAUUGCGGCGUUGCAAACGAGACUCUUGCCCAGGUGGCUAUUCGAGCCGUGAUCGACCGGGACCCGUCUCUUGUGCAACAGCUAUGCUCGUAUCAGACAAUGAUUAACGACGCAGGUGGUUCCGAUGAAUGGCUUUACGGUAGGGCAGGCUACCUUUACCUCCUCAGACUCGCGGGAAGUGUUUUUACAAAGAGUUCCAGCAGCGCGGCAAAAAUGAUCCAUGAGACGAUUCAGAAGACGGUACAACGCAUUCUAGCCAGCGGACACCCCUGGACGUGGCAUGGCAAAGCCUACGUUGGCGCCGCUCACGGCUCAUUUGGGAUUCUGUGCCAAGUCGUACUCUCGGGACCCUCCGCUGCGGACUCGGUCGAGCAAAUCUUGUCACAGCUGCUCGAGACGCAAUACCCAAGUGGCAACUUCCCUUCCUCACUGCCUCGAUCAUCUGAUAAAUUGGUCCAAUUCUGCCACGGCGGGCCCGGGGUUGUUCUCUCACUGAGGUCUCUACGGCCACAUCUUCCUCGUCUGCGGGAGAAGAUCGAUUCGGCGAUCGCGGCUGCCCAGAGAGACACCUGGAAACGUGGUGUUUUGGUCAAAGACCCGUGCUUGUGCCAUGGGAUAGCCGGGAAUGCACUCGCUCUGGAUGACGCGGAUGAGUUUCAACAUUUCGUCACCUACAUGUCAAGUGAUUCCCUCGAAGCUCAAGGAUGGUUGGAGGAGGCAGGUCGGAAUGAUUCUUUUGUCGGAUUGUACACUGGCGAAGCUGGUCGAGCUUGGACUUGGGCUGUUGCAGAGAAAUUUGACCAAUUAAUAGGGAAGUGUAUUGGAUUCAAUGACCUUUGA